CAUCUGUCAAACUUCAAUAAAGUGUCAAAUUUUGUUGUCUAUUCCUUUUCCUGCUAAAAUAUCUAUUGAGAGUAACAAAAAUGGGUCGUUAUUCUCGUGAGCCUGAUAAUCCCGCCAAAUCAUGCAAGGCGCGUGGCUCGAACCUUCGUGUUCACUUCAAGAACACAUACGAAACAGCCAUGGCAAUUAAGAAGCUGCCGCUUCGUCGUGCUGUACGUUACUUAAAAAAUGUAGUAGACAAAAAAGAAUGCAUACCAUUCCGUCGCUUUAACGGCGGUGUCGGUCGUUGCGCGCAAGCAAAGCAGUUCGGCACAACACAAGGUCGCUGGCCGAAGAAAUCCGCCGAGUUCCUACUCCAGCUCUUGAGGAACGCUGAAUCUAAUGCUGACGUGAAGGGAUUGGACGCCGACAGGCUCGUCAUUGAUCACAUACAGGUGAACCGCGCCCCUUGCCUGCGCCGUCGUACAUACCGUGCCCAUGGUCGUAUCAAUCCUUAUAUGUCAUCUCCCUGUCACAUUGAAGUGUGUCUCAGUGAGAGGGAAGACGCUGUAGCGAGAGCCGCUCCCACAGACGACGCGCCCAAGAAGAAACUGUCCAAGAAGAAGCUGGCCCGCCAGAAGGAGAAGAUGAUGAGGGAAUAAGUUAAUAAUAAAUGACUUACUACAAA